GAUUCAUGCCAUAUGAGCCCUGCAGACAUGACGAAAACACAUGUUCCCGGUCAUGCUUCUUGUUCUGGCGUAACAGUAUGCGCAGAGUAUCUACUGCCCAUCUCGAAAUUGUGUCCCUGAGGCCAACAUAUGCUUGAGCAACUACCGGUGAUCCUAGGAGGCCUCACAUGUGGGCUGCGCCACCAUGCGGUUGCAGGCGACCAGACGGCGGCCGGGAUGCGACGCUGCAUCGCAGACAUCUGACAACCCAUAGAUGGAUUUUUGUCGCAUUCCCAGUCCUCUCCUAGCAGUACGUUCAGCUGAGCAUUAUUGCAGCCUCGUACGCGACAUGCGGCUCCUCAACAUCGACACGUUCAGUUUUACGGAGUACUUCGGUACGAUUCCCCCGCCUUAUGCGAUCGCAUCGCAUCGCUGGACGGCGGGCGCCGAGGCGAUGUGGGAGGAUGUACACGAGCAGAAGAAGACAGACACGGUGGGCUAUCGUAAGGUGCAAGGUUUUGUUGCAUAUCUCAAAGCGCACCUGCCACUAGUGAAGUGGCUAUGGGUGGACACAUGCUGUAUCAAGCAGCACGCCGAUCGCGAGCUGUCGACGGCGAUCAACUCGAUGUUUCAGUGGUACCGCGACGCGGAGGUGUGUCUGGCGUACUUGGAGGACGUCCCUAGCGUGAGCGACAUGGCCGUCUUUGAGCAGAGCGUGUGGUUCCGGCGCGGGUGGACGUUGCAAGAGCUAGUGGCGCCGAGGGUCGUGAUCUUCCUCUCAAGUCAAUGGGAAGUGAUCGGCCACAAGGGACAAGGCGGUCAAGGGCGGAGCGGGAUGUCAAUGCAGACUGGGCCAGCGCUGGAAGACGUUAUUUCCACUGUGACGGCCAUCCCUCGUGAGAUUCUGCAUGAUUAUCGAGAGAGCGAGAGUCUCACAGCCGAAGAGAAGAUGCGGUGGGCGGAUGGCAGGGAGACGAUGUGGGGCGAGGAUCUCUCGUAUUGUCUGCUUGGUAUCAUGGGAGUCAGCAUGAACAUCCGUUACGGCGACGGCAAGGACAAGACAAGAGGGCGACUACUACACAAAAUUGCAAAGCGCAAAGGUGAAGCGGUACCUGGCGAGUUCUCCCUCCCUUUCAGCCUUCAAGGCAUCCCGGCGACGGACUAUUUCGUGCCGCGCAAAGUUGAGAUGCAGCAUCUUAGCGAGUUUUUCGCAACGACAUCGACACAGUCGGCACAGCAGCGGGUAUUUGUAGUAUACGGGACGGGCGGGAUGGGUAAGACGCAGUUGUGUGCCAAGUUCUCCGAGACGAACGUAGAGCGGUUCAGUGCGGUGUUCUGGUUGGACGGGUCGUCCAAAGACGCACUGCGACGGUCGAUGGCCAGCGCAGGCUCGCGGGUGUCGACGCGUACCAAUGCAUUGUCGGCCGAGAUGGACAUCGCACAAUUGAUCGACGAUUUCCGGCAGUGGCUGUCGCUUUCGGGCAAUGCGCACUGGCUGAUGGUAAUCGACAACAUCGACCGCGACUGGCAGGGCAAGACGAAGGACGAACAGGCGUACGACUAUCGCGAAUUCCUACCGCACGCCUAUCACGGAAACAUCUUGAUUACGACACGUCUGAGACGACUGCAACGACCGAAGGCCAGCCUUCAUUUAGAUACUGCCGACGAUGAGCUUGCGAAAGAGAUGGUCGAAACACGGGCAAAUCGAGCGGUAACGAAUAUCGAUCAAUUGCUGCCCAAGCUCGGCGGUCUGCCGCUUGCCCUCGCCCAAGCCGGAGCAUAUCUCAGCACGACCGGGAUGAGUGUCGCGGACUAUCUCGAGCAUUACGACGCGACGUGGGCCGAGCUGAUGCAGAAGCAAGACCAGUUUCCACUGCAGGAAUACGGCGAGCGGAGCGUGCUGACGACGUGGACGAUGUCGUACGAACAGGUGAAAAGUAGGGACCCACUCGCAGCGCAGCUGCUUGAUCUAUGGGCGUUCCUCUAUCAUGGCGAUGUGUGGGCGGAGCUGUUAUUGACCGGACAGAGCGACGAAGCACAGCACCGGCCUCGCGAAGACGCAGUGUUUAGGCCAGUGACGAAACUCUCCCUGCAACACUCGAUCGGAACUCUCGUCCAGUACUCGAUGGUGAAGAUGAGCACCGCGGAUCGAGCGCCCGCGAUACAUCCGGUCGUACAUGCAUGGUGUCUACACAGCCUGGACAGAUCUACAGCACAACAAUUGCAGGCGGCGGCGUUGAGACUUGUCGCCAGGAUGGCAGAAUCGGCCGGUCGAGGAGUGGCAAAAGACUUGGGACUUCGGCUAGCUGCACAUGCGAAAGUGAUCGGGACGAGAGUAGCGACGUGGCGAUCGGAUGAAGCGCAGCAAGCUCUCGAGUAUCAUCAAGUGGCCCACUUUCUGAAGGAUUGGGAGACAUCUCAAGAGGUCGAGAACUUGUACAUGCGGGCGCUGCGCGGGUACGAGAAGGCAUGGGGCGCGGAGCACACGUCGACACUGGACACGGUCAACAGUCUCGGCCUUCUGUACGCGGACCAAGGCAAGAUGGCGGAGGCGGAGGAGAUGUACUUGCGGGCGCUGCGCGGGUACGAGAAGGUAUGGGGCGCGGAGCACACGUCGACGCUGGACACGGUCAACAAUCUCGGCCUUCUGUACGCGAGUCAAGGCAAGAUGGCGGAGGCGGAGGAGAUGUACUUGCGGGCGCUGCGCGGGUACGAGAAGGCAUGGGGCGCGGAGCACACGUCGACGCUGGACACGGUCAACAAUCUCGGCCUUCUGUACGCGAGUCAAGGCAAGAUGGCGGAGGCGGAGGAGACGUACAUGCGGGCGCUGCGUGGAUACGAGAAACUGUCAUGGAUCCCGCCGGACCGCAUAGAAUCCGUGCGACAGUCUUUGUCAUCUUUGCGCCAACGACCGAGCCGUCUUCACAACGAGCAAGCGAGGGAGAGCAUCUCACAUGUCGACGACGGCUGUGCGAUACCGUCGAAGACGUCUCCGAAGAGAGGGAGUAGAGAGCGUCCCGCAGCACUUAGCAAGUUAAUACGCAAGAUGUGGAAACGCUCUUAACCUUAGUAGCUUUCUAAAGCAAAGUCUUCUAUGCUAUUCGUUCUCAUAUUAAUCUAAGAUUAUACUUCUGAAU